ACAACAAUGGCCGCCGGCGGACCACCAGUUCGCCCCAUCUACCGGUUCAUGGCCACGGGCCUGGGCGCGUCAAUGUGGUUCUGGGUAUGUCGAAAUCCUGAAAAGUUCUGUUCUUGCUCUUCCCGACUAAUGGACGGAACGCACAGAUCUUCUACAGGGCAAAGAAGGACGGUAUGCACCACGCAAUCCGACGAGUCGUUUGCUUGACGAGAAGCGCAGCUGACACACCAUUGCAGGGCCGGUCCUUCUCGGCUGGAAGCACCCAUGGGAUCACUAGACGCGAAAACAAAGGAGAUAGACAGCGGGGCAAGUUCCAGG